AUGCCAUCAAACACGCCGUCGCCAACAACCAGAAAACAAAUCCUUCUCCGGCGUUAUGAGAUCGGAAAAGUUUUAGGACAAGGCAGUUUCGGCAAAGUGUACGUGGCAACAAAUCUUGUAACAAACCAACUGGCGGCAAUCAAGGUCAUUGACAAAGAAAAGAUCCUAAAAACCGGUUUGAUAGCACACAUUAAGCGUGAGAUAUCAAUCCUUAGACGUGUUCGACACCCGAAUAUCGUACAGCUUUACGAGGUAAUGGCAACAAAAACAAAAAUAUAUUUUGUAAUGGAAUAUGUAACAGGUGGUGAAUUAUUUACUAAAGUUGCUAAAGGUAGAUUAAAAGAAGAAGUAGCUAGGAAAUAUUUUCAACAAUUAAUUUCAGCAGUAGGAUUUUGUCAUGCACGUGGAGUGUAUCAUAGAGAUUUAAAGCCUGAAAAUAUAUUGUUAGAUGAAAAUGGUGAUUUAAAAGUUUCUGAUUUUGGGUUAAGUGCUAUUAGUGAACAAAUAUGUGCAGAUGGUUUGUUUUAUACAUUUUGUGGUACCCCUGCUUAUGUUGCCCCUGAGGUUUUGGGCCGAAAAGGCUACGAGGCCUCGAAAGUUGAUAUUUGGGCUUGUGGGGUUAUUUUGUUUGUGUUAAUGGCUGGUUAUUUACCGUUUCGUGAUCAGAAUGUAAUGGUUAUGUAUAGGAAGAUAUUUAAAGGGGAGUUUAGAAAGCCUAGAUGGUUUUCGGGCGAGUUGAGUAGGUUGUUGAAAAGAUUGCUUGAUACUAGCCCGGAAACUAGGAUUAGUAUACAGGAGAUUAUGGAAGAUAAGUGGUUUAAGAAAGGAUUUAAACAGGUUAAAUUUUAUUUUGAGGAUGAUAAGAUUUGUAGUGUGAAAGAUGGGGAGGAGGGUGAUGAUGGUUGUAUUGAGUAUUGUUCGGAUCAAUCUUGUUGUGAUUCGGAGAGUGAAUUAGUUGAUGGCAAAAGGCGGAGUAGUAGUAGUAGUGGUAGUGUUAGUAAUUUGCCAAGACCGAUGAGUUUGAAUGCGUUUGAUUUGAUAUUGUUUUCACCUAGGUUUAGUCUUUCGGGCUUGUUUGAAGAUGUAAGUGAAGAAUCAAGGUUUCUGACAAGUGAGUCGGUAUCUAGGAUAGUGAAUACGGUUGAGGAGAUAGCGAAAGGGGUUGGUUUUUCUAUCAGAAGAAAGGAUUGUAGGAUUAGUUUAGAAGGGUCAAAAGAAGGCGUGAAAGGCCCAUUGAUGCUCACAGUUGAGAUUUUUGAAUUGACGCCGAUUUUAAGAGUUGUUGAAGUUAAAAAAAGUUCAGGGGAUAGAAAUGAAUAUGAAGAGUUUUGUGAGAGUCAACUCAAGCCCGGUUUACAGCCUCUAGUGCUGUCGGGAUCCAGAGAACCCUCACAGUUGCUUUCUAAUACACCGAAUGAAGAAAUAAACGGGAUUGAGUAAUAAAUAAUAAUUACUGUAUAAGGGUAUGAUCUUGAAUCUUUGAUCUUGUUUAUGUGUUAGUUUCUUAAUGAUAAAGUGCUAAUAUGCUGCAUUAUUUUUGAA